GCCGCGGCUUGCUCUCAGGACACGGGUCGCUGGCGGGUUAGGUGGCUGCGUGGCCGCCUCACUUCGCGCACGCGCCGCUAGGCUGGGGGAGUUGAUUUGCACUGCUCCGGGUGUCGGCUCCGGCGGGACGGGCGGUUCUGCGUACCCCUCUCCGAUCCUGAUUGAGUCAAUGCUUUGCAUUCUCAGUCCUCUGCAUAAAGCUGAGAGAUGCCUACAGCUGAGAGUGAAGCAAAAGUAAAAACCAAAGUUCGCUUUGAAGAAUUGCUUAAGACCCACAGUGAUCUAAUGCAUGAAAAGAAAAAACUGAAGAAAAAGCUUGUCAAGUCUGAAGAAAACAUCUCACCUGACACUAUUAGAAGCAAUCUUCACUAUAUGAAAGAAACUACAAGUGAUGAUCCCGACACUAUUAGAAGCAAUCUUCCCCAUAUUAAAGAAACUACAAGUGAUGAUGUAAGUGCUGCUAACACUAACAACCUGAAGAAGAGCAUGAGAGUCACUAAAAACAAAUUGAGGAACACACAGUCAGCAACUGAAAAUCCUAAUGGUGAUGCUAGUGUAGAGGAAGACAAACAAGGAAAGCCAAAUAAAAAGGUGAUAAAGAUGGUGCCCCAGUUGACUACACAAGACCUGAAACCGGAAACUCCUGAGAAGAAGGUUGAUUCUACACACCAGAAAACACAUACAAAGCCACAGCCAGGCGUUGAUCAUCAGAAAAGUGAGAAGGCAAAUGAGGGAAGAGAAGAGAAUGAUUUAGAAGAGGAUGAAGAAUUGAUGCAAGCAUAUCAGUGCCAUGUAACUGAAGAAAUGGCAAAGGAGAUUAAGAAGAAAAUAAGAAAGAAACUGAAAGAACAGUUGACUUACUUUCCCUCAGAUACUUUAUUCCAUGAUGACAAAUUAAGCAGUGAAAAAAGGAAAAAGAAAAAGGAAGUUCCGGUCUUCUCUAAAGCUGAAACAAGUACAUUGACCAUCUCUGGUGACACAGUUGAAGGUGAACAAAAGAAAGAAUCUUCAGUUAGAUCAGUUUCUUCAGAUUCUCAUCAAGAUGAUGAAAUAAGCUCAAUGGAACAAAGCACAGAAGACAGCAUGCAAGAUGAUACAAAACCUAAACCAAAAAAAACAAAAAAGAAGACUAAAGCAGUUGCAGAUAAUAACGAAGAUGUUGAUGGUGAUGGUGUUCAUGAAAUAACAAGCCGAGAUAGCCCGGUUUAUCCCAAAUGUUUGCUUGAUGAUGACCUUGUCUUGGGAGUUUACAUUCACCGAACUGAUAGACUUAAGUCAGAUUUUAUGAUUUCUCACCCAAUGGUAAAAAUUCAUGUGGUUGAUGAGCAUACUGGUCAAUAUGUCAAGAAAGAUGAUAGUGAACGGCCUGUUUCAUCUUACUAUGAAAAAGAGAAUGUGGAUUAUAUUCUUCCUAUUAUGACCCAGCCAUAUGAUUUUAAACAGUUAAAAUCAAGACUUCCAGAGUGGGAAGAACAAAUUGUAUUUAAUGAAAAUUUUCCCUAUUUGCUUCGAGGCUCUGAUGAGAGUCCUAAAGUCAUCCUGUUCUUUGAGAUUCUUGAUUUCUUAAGCAUGGAUGAAAUUAAGAAUAAUUCUGAGGUUCAAAACCAAGAAUGUGGCUUUCGGAAAAUUGCCUGGGCAUUUCUUAAGCUUCUGGGAGCCAAUGGAAAUGCAAACAUCAACUCAAAACUUCGCUUGCAGCUGUAUUACCCACCUACUAAGCCUCGAUCCCAAUUAAAUGUUGUUGAGGCAUUUGAAUGGUGGUCAAAAUGUCCAAGAAAUCAUUACCCAUCAACACUGUACGUAACUGUAAGAGGACUGAAAGUUCCAGACCGUAUAAAGCCAUCUUACCGCUCUAUGAUGGCUCUUCAGGAGGAAAAAGGUAAACCAGUGCAUUGUGAACGUCACCAUGAGUCAAGCUCAGUAGACACAGAACCUGGAUUAGAAGAGUCAAAGGAAGUAAUAAAGUGGAAACGACUCCCUGGGCAGGCUUGCCGUAUCCCAAACAAACACCUCUUCUCACUAAAUGCAGGAGAACGAGGAUGUUUUUGUCUUGAUUUCUCCCACAAUGGAAGAAUAUUAGCAGCAGCUUGUGCCAGCCGGGAUGGAUAUCCAAUUAUUUUAUAUGAAAUUCCUUCUGGACGUUUCAUGAGAGAAUUGUGUGGCCACCUCAAUAUCAUUUAUGAUCUUUCCUGGUCAAAAGAUGAUCACUACAUCCUUACUUCAUCAUCUGAUGGCACUGCCAGGAUAUGGAAAAAUGAAAUAAACAAUACAAAUGCUUUCAAAGUUUUACCUCAUCCUUCUUUUGUUUACACGGCUAAAUUCCAUCCAGCUGUAAGAGAGCUAGUAGUUACAGGAUGCUAUGAUUCCAUGAUACGGAUAUGGAAAGUUGAGAUGAGAGAAGAUUCUGCUAUAUUGGUCCGACAGUUUGACGUUCACAAAAGUUUUAUCAACUCACUUUGUUUUGAUACUGAAGGUCAUCAUAUGUAUUCAGGAGACUGUACAGGGGUGAUUGUUGUUUGGAAUACCUAUGUCAAGGUUAAUGAUUUGGAACAUUCGGUGCGCCACUGGACUAUAAAUAAGGAAAUUAAAGAAACUGAGUUUAAGGGAAUUCCAAUAAGUUAUUUGGAGAUUCAUCCCAAUGGAAAACGUUUGUUAAUCCAUACCAAAGACAGUACUUUGAGAAUUAUGGAUCUCCGGAUAUUAGUAGCAAGGAAGUUUGUAGGAGCAGCAAAUUAUCGGGAGAAGAUUCAUAGUACUUUGACUCCAUGUGGGACUUUUCUGUUUGCUGGAAGUGAGGAUGGUAUAGUGUAUGUUUGGAACCCAGAAACAGGAGAACAAGUAGCCAUGUAUUCUGACUUGCCAUUCAAGUCACCCAUUCGAGACAUUUCUUAUCAUCCAUUUGAAAAUAUGGUUGCAUUCUGUGCAUUUGGGCAAAAUGAGCCAAUUCUUCUGUAUAUUUACGAUUUCCAUGUUGCCCAGCAGGAGGCUGAAAUGUUCAAACGCUACAAUGGAACAUUUCCAUUACCUGGAAUACACCAAAGUCAAGAUGCCCUAUGUACCUGUCCAAAACUACCCCAUCAAGGCUCUUUUCAGAUUGAUGAAUUUGUCCACACUGAAAGUUCUUCAACGAAGAUGCAGCUAGUAAAACAGAGGCUUGAAACUGUCACAACGGAAUCUCACUCUGUCGCCCAGGCUGGAGUACAGUGGCACGAUCUCAGCUCACUGCAAGCUCUGCCUCCUGGGUUCACGCCAUUCUCCUGCCUCAGCCUCCCGAGUAGCUGGGACUACAGGCGCCUGCCACCACGCCCGGCUAAUUUUUUUUUAUAUUUUUAGUAGGCUUUUUGUAUUUUUAUUAGAGACGGGGUUUCACCGUGUUAGCCAGGAUGGUCUCGAUCUCCUGACCUUGUGAUCCGCCCACCUCGGCCUUCCAAAGUGCUGGGAUUACAGGCAUGAGCCACUGUGCCUGGCAGAAAAAUGUUUUUUAAGAAAUGAAAUCAAACGCAAGAGAGAAGCAAAUUGAUAACUUAUUAUAAAAAAAUUUACUUUGAAUUAUUACCUUAUUUAGCUUUUAGCAUAUCUUUUCUUUUUAAAAUUAUUUAGAGAAUAUGUCUGCUUUGAUAUUGAGGUAGAUAGAAGCUGCAUUUGGAAAUGAAAGUUUUGCUUUGGUUUUUGAAAACCAUUAUUUUUCCUUUGUUGAGAGAAUUCACUGAAUUUAUUUUUCUGAUGCUAUCUGCAAUGUAUUUUCUUUCAGAAUGUACAUAGUAUGUAUGGGAAUAAAAUCAAAGUGUCGUCUUUAUUCCCAUGGCAGCCUCAUUCUGUAUUUUGCAAACAUUUAGGUUGACUGAAUUCCCACCUUUUGUCAUUAUGCCUUUUCUCUUGUUUCUUGCCAUUUAUUUCAGUAGACCCCAAAUUCCUUUUUUUAUUUAUUUUUUAUUACAAUAGGAAUGUUUUUCUAAUAAAUUAUGGUACAGGUUUAGGGUGUAAUUUUUGUGGGGUAUGUGUGAGUGAAUUGCAUAAUAAAUUCAGUUCAGCAGGUAUAUAAUAGAUGUUUAGGCAUUAAUGAGUAAAAGAUACAAAAAAUAGAUAAUUGUCGGUUAUUGGGAGCAUUACCAUUUAGUCAUAAUAUAAAUCACUUAAUUAUUUCAUAAUUAGCAUACUUGACUGCAUGUUGCUGCCACAACAAUACCUAACAGCAUUCUGCAACCCAGGUAAGACUUCACGGGUAUCUUGAGAGCAUUGGUAAAUCUCAUUCUAAGUUUUCAGAUCCAGAAAUUUGAUUUUAUCAGUGCAUCCAGGGUUGCUUAGAAUCUGUAGUAUCUAUUAAGAUUAAUCAGUCCUAGAAAAAGUUGAUUAAUAAAUGAGAAUCCAUGAAAAUACACCUUGUAAUAUAAUAAAAGGUAGACCAUUCUGGCAGCCUGAACACUCAAGAUCUCAUCCUGUCUAAAUUUAACCUGAAGCCCAGGCUAAUGAUCACAGAGUUGAUUGCUAAGUAGAGCCAUAGGAGUAUGGAUUGAAUGGGUUUGAAAAUGUUUUAUGCCAAUUUUGAAAAAAGAUUAAUUUUCUCUACCCCACAGGAGAUACCACCGUAUAUAUUGAUUAAUGAUAACUAACAUGUUUAAUUAUUAGUAAUAAUUGAUAUAUUUCUGGCACUGUGCUAAAGGCUUUACAUUUUAUUGUAUUUAAUUCUCAAACCAUCCUAUAGGGUUGAGUAUUAUUCCCAUUUUCCAGAAGAGGAUUUUGAGGCUUACAGAGAUCAAGCCACAUAACCAAGAUCACACAAGUAGUAAGCACUGGAGCUGGGAUUCAGCCCAGGUAGUUGGACUCCCGUGUCCACAGUCAGUUUAACUGUCUCCUUUUAGUGACUGAAUUACUGAUAUGCUUUAGAUACAGUAUCUGGCUCUUAGAAAUUUAUAGAUAAAAAAAUUAAUAGGUAUUCCAGAUUUUGAGCAACUGUGGAUGCACUGAUAAAAUCAAAUUUCUGGAUCUAAAAACUUAGAAUGAGAUAUACCGAUGUUCUCAAGGUACUGUCCACCUCUGAGGUCUUACCUAGGUUGCAGAAUGCUUUUAGGUAUUGCUGUGGCAGCAACAUGCAGUCAAGUAUGCUGAUAAAUAAUUAAAUGAUUUAUAUUAUGACUAAAUGGUAAUGCUCCCAAUAACUGAGAAGUAUCUAUUUUUUUCAGUUCUUUUUUUUUCUAAACUCCAUGUUGAUUAUGACCAUUUUUCACUAGCACUGUACUAGGCUAAUGCUAUAUGCUGGCUAACUCCUAAUUGGACUGGACUUGAGUAUUUUUUUUUCUUUUUCUUUUUCUUUUUCUUUUUUUUUUUUUUUUUUUUUGAGUUGGAGUCUCACUCUGUCGCCCAGGCUGGAGUGCAGUGGUGCAAUCUUGGCUCACUACAACCUCCACCUCCCGGAUUCAAGUGAUUCUCCUGCCUCAGCCUCCCGAGUAGCUGGGACUACAGGUGCACGCCACAACGCCUAGCUGAUUUUUGUAUUUUUAGUAGAGAUGGGGUUUCACUACGUUGGCCCAGGAUGGUCUCGAUCUCUUGACCUUGUAAUCUGCCUGCCUCGGCCUCCCAAAGUGCUGGGAUUACAAGGCGUGAGCCACCGUACCCGGCCAGACUUGAGUAUUUUUACUCUCUCCUUAGCAGCAGAUUGUCAAAUUGUCCAUAAUACAUCGACUUUUACUAGUUUCUCUUUCAAAAUGAUCUUUUCUUGGCCUUGUACCAUGAAUUGUACAGAGUUCCUUUCUGUAGCUCUUUCAAUAAUAGUCAUAUAUUUUAUCAUUUAGUAGUAUUUACUAUUUAAUAUUAGAUUUCAUCUGAUACAAAUAAUAUGGGAAUGAUAGUUAUGGCUAUUUUUAUUUAUAGAGAUAAUUAUAUAUUGCAUUUAACUCAGCAUGUGUCUUUUACACCUGUUAGUGUUCUAGUAUAGAAUUUUAUUCUAUUGAUUGAAGAGCAAGUUUUUCUUGAGGCAGAUAACCUGUGAGCCCUCGGGAGUCUCACAGUGCCAUUUGUUUGGGCAAGUUAGAUUUACCUGGAACAUGUCAUUAAGUCUCUUUCAUUGGAAACAAUGCAGAGUGACAACGGCAGGAUAAUGGAUAAAGAAACUUCCAAAUGCUGAUUUAGGUUAUUAGAAGAUAAACAUCUGAGUGUUUUGAAAACAGUCAAUAUUUAAUGAAAUUAUGAAUACUUCCUUAUUUUAUUGUGUUUCUUUUAGGAGGUGAUACGUUCCUGUGCUGCAAAAGU